UAUCUUUUCUUGUUAGAAUCCAACUGAUUUAAAACGAAUGUUAUUUUGCUCAGUGUUUUUUUUUCUUCGUAAGAUUACCAGGAAAACAACGCGAGAGAAAAAAAUGAAUGCCGAUACACUAGAGCUUGCACGAAAGUACGAUUCAGUCAGUUCUGUGUACAUGCAGAAUGGAGUUCGCGAUAAAGCUUUGAGUUGGAUCGAAUUGGAGAAAGACGAUGUCGUGCUCGAGGUCGGAUGUGGUUCUGGAAGGCUGUGUAAGAUAUUGUCCCCUCGCGUUAACUCCGUUACUGGUUUGGACAUCUCUGUAGGUUUGAUAGAACUUGCGAAAAGGGAAAAUCCAGCGUCCAAUGUACAAUUCUUUGAGGAAGACGCGCAGACGUUCGGGCCUCACCUCCACGACUGGCGCGAAAAGUUCGACAAAAUUCUGAGCUUCACGGUUCUUCAGUGGUGCUCCGAUAAGGAGAGCAUCCUUAAGAAUGUCUACCGCUGUCUUAAACCUGGUGGUAUAUUCCUCCUUGACUUUGGACUACAUGGCCAGUGCAUGGGGGAGUGGAGUAGUUAUGGAGAAACAGCUGAUGUAUGGGUCAGGAAACAUCCCAAAUGGGGUUCAUACCUGCAGAAUUGCGGCUACGCCAUAUAUUACACGAAAAGUUCUGAAGGCUUUCUCGAAAUAAUGAGAUCAGUGGGUUUCAUCAUUCAAAGAUCUGAAGUCAAACAAAGGCCCUGGGUCAAAUGGAAUGAAGAAACAAUAAAAAGUCAGCUGCGAUGCCUAUUUUACCCCAUCAAGCACAUCCCCGCGGAGCAUCAGGAUGAAUUCAUCGAUGACGUCUACAAGUGGUUAUAUGACGUCACCCCUAAGAGAUCUAAAGACGUUUUGCAGGGUGAGGUGGGACGCUUUGAAAACAUGACCAUUGUGGCUACCAAAGAAUAACGUUCUCCGUUACUUUUGUUUUGUUUCAUUGUAUACGUUCUUGGAAACCUACUGGCCGACAUAGCGGCAAUCAAACGUGCGGUUCUAUGG